UGAAGAUGUCUCUCGCGCACCGAUGUCGCGUUCUCGCCAAGUCUCGCGAGAGGAGCACAGGACGGCUCAUCGCUGCAAUCUUCUUGUUGAGCAACAAUAACAAGCGUCAAAGGACGUGAUUGUGCGGUUAUGUUCACCGGACGCCGGUCGUCCUCUGGGUCGGGCCCAGUCGAACACAUAGAUGCCAACACCUGGCUGUGAUGUACAGGAUGUGGCGCCGCUCCUCUGGAUGUUUGACGUUUGUGACCGAGAGGAAGACUUCACACAUCUUGCCUCGUCGCCACUUGACCGCCGCUUUUGCAUCUGGUAUGAGGAAACAUGGACGCCGCCAGGAUCAUGUAGCAUAACUCUCUGGGCUCUCAUAAUGCAUUGUGCUGCCAAGACAGGUUCUUAGUUUGCACUUUUAGUGUAAGCAAACAGACCGAUGUGUGGCGUCUUCGCCCGCUCGACUCGCUUCCUCCAGCUGUGCAUCUUGUGUUCAGACUGAUCUGAUUGGCCGCCGUCGGCGAGAGAAUGAACGGCUCUCUUUUGACCCCGCCCAGCCCGCGGGCCACAAGUUCCUCCCCCUUACCCCCUUCACCGUCCCCCUCGCCGUCCCCGCCUUCCCCGCCGUCCCCCUCCCUCCUGCCGCUGUGCCCGCGACCUCCUCCCCUCCCCCCUCUGGUGUGCCCCCCGCCCCAGUCCCACCCCUUGUCGCUGUCAGACACGCCCACGCCGUCGCCCUCGCCCUGCCUCAGCUGGACUGAAUUCUGUGAGCUUCACGCCCGUGUGGCUGCCGGAGACUUUGCACGCCACUUUCGGGCGUUCCUCCUGGAGAACCCACACUACACCCCCGACUCGGCCGCCGCUUUCUGCCGCCGCUUCACGGACCGCUUCGUUCGCCACUUCCAGAGCGAGCUGGAGGGGGCACUUCCGCCCAGCUGUGCUUCUGGAAGGGAUGAUAUGGUGAGCUGGGCUCCCCAGUCGGACGCCACCUCCCUGGAAGAGGAAGCCACGUCCCCGCUGUCGGCGUCCGGGGCAGCCGUCCCGUCCUCUACUGUGACACGGCCCGCCUCCAAAGCUGCGCCGACACGCCUCGUGUUGGACGGCCGCGGCAGUGACAGAUUUCAAGACUCUUACGCCCAUGGCCAGCUCCUGCCGCCGUCCUCAUCGUCGUCCUGCUGCUCCUCUGUUGGAGGAAACAACGGCAGGCGGGACGACAAAGGCGCCGCUGUGACUUCCGGCAACGGCGAAGCGCCCGUGGAAGAAGAGGAGGACAGCUGGCUCGGGGCGGCGUCCGUAGGGGAAGACAUGGAGCCGGAAGAGCAGGACGCUGAGGCCGUGGAGACGGACGGCUCCCCCUGUGCGCCCCACACACCUCCCUCCUCCUCCUCGGUCACACCCCCGCCCAGCGCCGCCUCCAAAAACAAAGUGAAGAAACGCUUCUCUCUGCGCAGCGUGGGACGCAGCGUGCGCGGGAGCGUGCGCGGCAUCCUGCAGUGGCGCAGUGCGUCCAGCGACUCGGCGCCGAGCCCGCUGCCUGCCAGCUACAGCUACACUGUGGGCGUGCAAGAUGCCGCAUUCUCCAGGAACGCCGCAACCCAGCCUCCCACGCCCACCUCCUCCAUGCCCGUGUCUCUUUCCAUGCCCCUCGCCCUACCCCACUCUUCCUCCCUCCCCCCCUCAUCCUCCAGCAGCGCCACCUCUCUGUCUCUCUCGGACCGGCGGCGGAGCAACGGCGAGGGCGGAGAAAAGGACAAGUGGAGCCUGCGUCUGGAAAAACUGCGGCUGACGCGAUCCCCGCCUCCCGUCCUCACCGCAAGCACCGCCUCCUCCGUGCUGCCUGCCGGCAGCGGCGCUGGCUUGGUCCCGUCAAGGAAGGCGGGCCGUCUGGUACGGGAAGGCGCCGUGAGCGUCAGUUCGACCAACGACGAGCUUAGCGGAGGUCACGGUUUUUCGGGCUUCUCCUUCGCACUUCUUCAUCACGGCGCCGACAACAACGCCACCCAGGUGGCUACAGCGCCGCCUCUGGCGAGUGGCGGGAACGUGCCCUGGAAGGGCGGUCGCUGGCAUAAGUGUCGUCUUGUCCUCCGAGAGAGGGAACGAGAAGGCGGUGACCGCGGCGAUGACUUCUACCUGGAAUUCUUCAUUCCACCAAAGUCGUCCAAAGCGCGGCUGACGAUCCCGUGCGCCUCCAUUGUGGACGUGAGGAGCACGACGGCGCAGGAGCUUCCCGACAAAGAGAACACCUUUCUGCUACAGUUGGAAGGCUCCACCCAGUACGUGAUGGAGACACGAGACGCCGUCCAGAUGAGAGCGUGGCUCAGCGACAUCCACAAAGGCAUCUGUCUCAGUGGACAGGAGGAUCCAGAAGGUGGCACUGCGUUGGAAGGGAGCGCCAUGCCGGAGAUUGUGGAGCGUCUGUCACAAGUCUGUUAUGGCGGCCUGGGAGGCUCCUCCCCUCUGAUGGACGGUCUUCCGCCCGAGUUGCCGCCCCGCGCCCCUCUGGACGAGCCUGACGGGCGCGUUCCUGGAGGAGGUGGGGCUAGCCUGGGUACGCCGUUUGCCGAGACCCCAGACGCUACAGGCUCCUUUUUGUUCUCAGAGGUGACGUCCGCCGAGGCGCUGGAGCACCCGCUCAGCGAGUGUCAGUGGUUCCACGGCACCUUGUCUCGCCUCAAAGCGGCCCAGUUGGUUCUGGCGGGCGGUCCGGCCAGCCACGGCGUCUUCCUGGUUCGCCAGAGCGAGACGCGGCGCGGGGAAUACGUCCUCACCUUUAACUUCCAGGGCAAGGCUAAGCACCUGCGCCUGUCGCUAAACGAGAACGGCCACUGUCGAGUGCAGCACCUGUGGUUCCAGUCCAUCUUCGACAUGCUGGAGCACUUCCGGGUGCAUCCCAUCCCUCUGGAGUCCGGCGGCGCUUCCGACGUGACGCUCAUGAGCUUCGUGGGCGCGGCGGCCGUUCGCCAGCCGGACUUGACCAGCAGACCCCGUAGUCCUCCUCAGCCGCCCCCGCUGCCGCCGGGACGCCCGCCGCCGCCAACUCCACCCCAAGAGAGAGGAAGCGAGGCGGAGCCGGAAGGGGCGGCGUCAGGCGGCGGAAGUGGAGGCGCGGCGGAGGACUGGGAGGACCGGGACGCUCCUCUCCGCCAACUGGAAGCUGCGGAAGGGGAAGAGCUGGAGGCAGCGAGGGCGCCACGAGCCGUCGAUAACCAGUACUCCUUCUUUUGAGGAGCGUUUGUUUUGGUCGCCAGGUGAGCAGCAGGUGGCGCCACUAACACUAAAGGGGCGAAACAAGAUGGGACGCCCGCUGAGAGCGUCUCCACAACACUAACGAGCACGACGAGUCCACCAGCUUAGCUUCCUUACCUCGCUGGAGUCCGACCACGCUGUGAUGUCACAAAAGUGGAGGUGCUGCGAUGUCACGACUCCGCCCCCUCGCUCUCCACAUGAAGAAGACCUCGUCAAGAAUAGUAUUCAUUUUGUUUAUUCACAUGUCUUUGUGCCUUUUUGUUUGGGGAUCAAAGGAUGGAGAAAAAAAAGAAAAAAAGAUUGGUUAUCUUCUGCGGGCGGUCUCUCUGCCGCACUGUUGUGACAAAACGAGAGCUGAGCCAGAAGGCAAAGCUCUCGGUCUACCGAGCUAUCUACAUUCCUACACUCACCUAUGGUCAUGAAGUGUGGGUCAUGACCGAAAGAAUAAGAUCGCGGAUACAAGCGGCCGAAAUGAGUUUCCUCAGAAGGGUGGCUGGCAUCUCCCUUACAGGUAAAAGCCAGUAAAUUAGAAUAUUUUGAAAAACUUGAUUUAUUUCAGUAAUU